UUCAUUGCAUUGUGGGUAGGUUAGUCAUCUCCAUUGCAUUGUGGGUUAAUGGGGAAUCAAAAUAUCUAGCAAAAUGGCAGACGAUGCUGCGGAAGAGGUUACCAAAGCGAAUGUUGAUUACACAGAGAACGCCCAGGGUGAUAAAAUUGACAAGGAACACAUGUUGCUAAAAAAACUAUUAAACAAAACCUUCAAAGUGAAAAUCUCAGAUGGAAGGACACUAGUUGGCUCAUUUUUAUGCACAGACAAAGACCAAAAUGUUAUAUUGGGACAGUGCCAAGAGUAUGUCAAGCCAAAUGGACCUGAGGAAGGUGAAGAAGCAAGAACUCUAGGCUUGGCAAUGAUACCUGGCAUUCAUAUUGUUGAAAUUCAUGUAGAUACUAAUGUACCAGAAUUCAGGACUCAAACCCACCCGUUAGGGUAUGUAAAUUUAGCAAAUGAAGCAUAAUAGACUGAUAAUGUGUGAUACAUCAUCAACUUUGUUUUGUGAAUAUUAAAUUUUUUAUAUUCUUAGCUAUUUAAUGAAAAAAUUUUACAAACUUCACUAAAACUUCUAUUCAAAUGAUCCUUUAUCUAAAAGUUUUGCUAAUUGUCCAUAGUUGAUAGGCUCUGGUGGUCCUCAACCCACACAGAUAUCAAGUUUAUUAAGAACCUGAAAACAUUGUUACAUCUUAUUGUUUACACAAAUGCAUAUUAGUUUAAUGUUUAUACUUCAGUAAAUCGAGAUAAAUUAAUUGCAAAAUUUUGGUUGGGGGCAAAUAAAUUUUGGUUGAAAAAUAUUUACAGUCUUAUCAUGCAGCCAUGACUUUUCAACACAUCAUGUAUAAAAAUGCUAUCAAAUUUUUUUGUGGCGACGUCAUUUUUCAAAUUAAUUCUUCACACUUUUAAGUUUGUUUAGCAUAAAAAUUAUUGUGCAAUAUCACUUUUUCCAAUAUAAUGUCACAGCAAAUAAUUGCCACAAAAAAUAUUAUAACUGUGAGUGCAUACUUGAUAUAAUGAAAACACGCCAUUUAUUUGGCUUAUCCUUUGUAAUUUUUCAAUCGAAAAUUUUAAGAUGCAAUUGCUCCAAAACUGCCUUAGUCUUACUCUAUUGCAAGCUCAUUGAACAGAGAUUCUUGAAACAGAAAAAAACGAAAAAAUUUAUACAAGUUUUAUAUUAAUAUUACCUUCAUAAUAUUAUGCCACAUCGCUGUUCAUUUCGGGCUCUAUUGUUCAAAAUGUAUUUUGCAUAUUGGACAUUUCAAAUGGACAUAUAAAAUAAAGUCCUAUGACUGCUGCUCAGUUGGCAAUACACGGUAUUUUUCUAUACAUUAUUCCUCCAAAAUGGAAACGAAGCUGUGAAAAGGCUUGACAUCAAUGUGCCUUCUUCAGCCAAAUUUGGCCACGUCAAUAGCUUAUCGUGAGUUUCCAGCAAGCAAUAAUAUGAAAAUCAUUACUCUGUAAUAGAGUAUUUAUUCCCAAGCUUUAAGGUUUCACAAACCUCCCAACACUUCGUAAGGUUGUUGAUAAUUUACGUUUACGUGCAUCAGCUUAGGUUUUGAGAUGAACAUGACAAUAUAAUGGUGACCAGUUACAAAUUCGUUACUCUCGGAUUUCAGGCAAUGUGUUCUCUUUUCCCCAACUUCCAUGUUUUAUAGUUUUGAAUAUUUAUAAAAUAAUCUUUCCUUUAGCUUUGCUAGCUACAUUAAUUACUGUCGUUUCAAGCAAUGUAAGCCCAUAGCAGCCUUUUCCUCACAGAUACUUUAAAGUGUCUUAAUUGCCCAAGCAUUUGUUUACGGUCAUAAUUAUUUUUCUAAAUUCCUGUUUCUAUGCGUUUUUGUUUGAUAGCAUGGCAAGAUCAGAUCUAAAAACUAAUUAAGCCAACAAAUUCGUAACAUAGCUUUGUCCAGCGUUCUGACAAUUUGCCAGAUUUCCUUAAACACGCUUAUUUUUCUUUAGUUCUAUGCGUGCCCCGAAUAGAUUUCAUUA